AUGCUCUGCAUAUGGUGGGAUCAGAAGAGUGUUAUAUACUACGAACUGCUUCCGAGUGAUCAAACCAUCAAAGGACCAUUGUAUCGAACCCAACUAAUUCGUUUGAAGCGGGCAUUGGCGGAAAAACAGCCAGAAUAUCAGACUAGGCACGAGUCCGUAAUUUUUCAUCACGACAACGCUCGGCCACAUGUUUCUGCUUCGGUCAAAAACUACUUGGAUAAUAGUGGAUGGGAAAUUCUGCCUCACCCGCCUUAUAAUCCAGAUUUGGCGCCAUCCGACUACCACUUGUUUCGGUCAAUGCGGAACCAUAAAGAUAUUAUAGAUAGAGGAAACACAAACCAUAGGCAGUUGUGCUCUUCGUUGAUCCCACGGUUACCAGAUCAUCGAAUCGUAGGAGGAAAAUCAGUUAGUAUUCUUGAACACCCUCAUCAAGCAAGAUUGUUAAAUUAUAAUAGACACACAUGUGGUGCAUCUAUAAUUAGUCAAAAAUGGCUGAUAACUGCUGCACAUUGUACAGGAAGUCCAUUGAGUUCUUAUUCUGUAUCAGUAGGCAGCAGUGGGAGUAGUGGUAUUAAAUAUUCUGUAAACAGGAUUAUAUCUCAUCCAAUGUUUAAAUCUAAAACUUUAGAUUACGAUAUCAGUCUUGUUGAGGUCAAGGGAACAAUACAGUUGAGUAGUGUAACACGACCCAUAGCACUUGCAAACUUCGAACCAAGAAGUGGUGAUAUAGUUAAUAUUACUGGAUGGGGUGCAUUAUCGGAAUCAGGCAAUAGUCCAAACAAUUUACAAGUAGUUAGUGUACCAAUUGUAAAUAGAGGUCGUUGUCAAAAUGCUUACAACGGUUUGGCCAAUGUUACUGAAAGAAUGAUUUGUGCCGGUGUGGAAGAAGGUGGCAAAGAUUCCUGUCAAGGUGACUCCGGAGGACCACUUUCAGCAAAUGGUACACUUUACGGAAUCGUUUCAUGGGGAUUUGGAUGUGCUCGACCAUAUUAUCCAGGUGUAUAUACUAACAUAGCACAUCUUCGUUCGUGGAUUGCCAAAAUGAGUGGCGUUUAA